AGGCGCUUCGAUGUCGCUAAUGUGCACGAACAUAAAUAGAUCUAUCAUCUUUCUUGCAGGAUGUUAGCUGCAGGUCGCUGCUGUGGUCGGUUAUCCCUGACAUGGGCGCUUACAGUUAAAGCGUGAUGAUACACCUGUCUAUCACAUACAGCAAUCUCGCAGUCGCUCUUUUAAUCUAUAGACGUUGAGCGAAAUGGCUUUCUCGGUAUUCUCUGAUGAGAUCGUCCUUCUUGUACUAUCAUAUCCCGAUGUUCUUACCACUGAAGAUAUAUACAAUGUAAUGUUGACUUGCAAACGAUUGUAUCGAGUCGGAAUCCCUUUAUUGUAUCGCACCACCCAAUUCAAUUCGCCAAAUAUAGCACGUCCACCACAUCUGAGUAAUCUAUUGAGAAUGAUCGAUCUCGAGCCGAGACGAGGGUCAUGGGUUCAGCUUGCGAGCGUCGGAUGGCCGGGUAAUCACGAAAAGAUGUGGUCUAAGACUUUUGAGCUUGUCUCUAUAUUCCACUCCCCGCAGUCUAUAGAAUUCCAUGUUAUGUCCUGGCGAGAAGAUAAAGAUCUCAACUUUGCGCGGUUUCUUGGAGAAUGCACGAAUACUUCCUUGCGAACCGUCACUGUUGAAGACCACAACCUCAGAAUCAAGGAUAUAGUUGCAUUCUAUGCUCUACCCAACCUCAUACAUUUUAGGGUCAUCAAUUUCUGUGCGGAUGAGUCUGACUCAAUCGUCUACAAUUCGCAAUCGACGUUCGUCUUGACGAAACUCCAGAAGCUCGAAUUCUUGAAUUCUUCGUUUCCGAUCACACCUCAAGCAUCCCUUUUGUCACAACAUCCAGUUCUCACUGAAUUCGCGUGGAUAAUCAACCCAAACGGGUGGUGGUCCAACGCAUGGGAUGAAGACAUACUCUCGGCUCUGACAACUCCAUUCGCUUCGUUGUAUAAGUCCGCCUUCAAGCACCAUAUUUUGGGCGUGCCCAAACGCUGCCACCAGCGAGAACCAUGAAUUAUACUCAAUUUUCGAGACUGCAAUGACUCGAGCUAGAUGAUCGAGCCGCUUUUGCACAUGAUCGAUUUCAGCGAGA